GAGAGAAAAACUCAGAUCUGGGUUUGAGAGAAAAACCCAAAUUUGAGUUUGAGAAAGGAAGAAGAAGGGAGAAGAAAGAGAGAGAAUAAGAAGAAGAAUGAGCGAAAGUAAUGCAUUAUUUGUUUUUUUCCUGGGUUUGAGAAAAACACAAAUCUGGAUUUAAGAAAGAAGAAGGAGAAAGGAAGAAGAGGAAGAAGAAAUCUGACGGGCCCUAUCUAUAACGCUAAACACGAACAGAAAUUAGCAGCGGUGUCGCCAUGAAAUCAAGAAUAUGGCAACCGGUAACCCUCCCAACCCCAUUAAAACCACCCAAAAACCAGGUCUUCUUCCACAACUCAAGCAUUGCUUGCCGGAGAAUGCCACCUCCGAUUGACUGGAUCAGGUCUGAUGGGGUCGAGAGGUUCCGAGAGUACUUGAAAACUCUCACAUCCAGCGGCAUCCGCAAUUUUAAUACGAUGGUGGAUAAUAUUGUGGAGGAUUCCUUGAGGGAACAGGUUCUCGAAAUACCAUUGGUAACAAUAACCAAAGAUGACUUGGAGAUUGUGAUUGAAGGGGAAAUUCAUAUAAAUGUAAUGGAUCCUCUUUUAGCAUCAUCAUUAGGGGAUAAUAAACAUCUCAUUUCUGCAGUAACCUGUUGCUUCAAAAAACAUUUCCUUAUUGGCUCAACAAAGAGGCAAUAUCUCCUUUUGGUAACUUGAUGGAGAAAAUCGUUUUCGGUCCGGGGUUUCAUCAGUUGAAGGAUACAUAUGAUUGCGGUUGUCGUAAGUAUGAAUCUAACGGAAUUCCUGAUUUUAGAAUGUUCAAAAAAUUUGGAUAUGUUUGUGAUAACAUUUUCAAACAUCCGAGUUUUUCAUUCUAUGCUGGUAAUAUCAACAAAAUUACAGUUCCCUG